AACUGUUUGGCGUUAGUUCGGUAUUAGAGGUUAUUAGGUGUAUGUAGUUUAUUAUUUUACUUCAUAGAAAAGUGAAUUUAUAUCGAAAUGUAAAUUUUGGGGCUUUUUUUAUUUAGGUUUUUUGAAAACCUACCGAGAAGUAAACAUUGUACUGUGUCAUAACUCUGUAAAUGUGUUUGGGAUGAUUUUGAGGUGUUUGUUAGCCAAUGAGCUAACGGUUUGUUUUUUUUAACGGAUAUUGAUGGUUAGUCAGAGUAAACCAGAACAGCUAGCUUUCAGUGGGAGCAACGUCACGGUUUAUCGACCGAUUAUUAGUCAAAGCAACUCCGCCCGGGUCCAUUUUGAACUUUGCCCCACUCGGUGAGAACCUGAACAGUAUUUUGCUUUCAUUCGAAGGAUUUCGGUCGAGUAUCUCCAAUCAUCAUGCAGACCGGACGAAGUUUUCCAGCAUGUUCGGAAGACACACCUUCAUGCAAAGUCGCUGUGGACGGUAUGGUGGUAAAUACCGUGAUCGCAGAGCUGGUGGACGCCAGCGGGGACGUGGACUCGGAGGCGGAAUCGUUCCAGGACGGGAGGACUGAGGAAGUGGACCAGGACAUGAGGAGCCGAGCUUUCAUAUGGUGUCAGAACUUUCUGUCUGGGGCAUGGAAGACCAUCACUCAGAAGGAGUUUGAGAUCAGUAUUGUAAGUGGUGGACUCAGCAACCUGCUCUACAAGUGUAGCUUGCCCGAUCGUGUGAAUCCCCUCGGUGAGGAACCUUCAUGCGUGCUGCUGCGUGUCUAUGGGGCCAUUUUACAGGGAGUGGACUCCUUGGUGUCUGAGAGUGUGAUGUUUGCCAUUCUAGCAGAGCGAGAGUUGGGUCCUCGUCUCUAUGGCAUCUUCCCAGAGGGCCGUUUAGAAGAAUAUCUUCCCAGUAAACGCCUGUGCACAGAGCACCUGCAAUACCCAAACAUCUCGGCUGAAAUAGCCAAUAAGAUGGCCCGUUUCCACCGUAUGGUCAUGCCCUUCAACAAGGAACCCAAAUGGCUGUUUAUGACCAUGGACAAGUACAUGGAGCAAAUCAGCAAUAUUACAUUUGUACGCGAAGCGCACAUCAAGAAGUUCAAGAAGCUGAACAAGUACGAUCUUCCGACCGAGCUGGAGAAUCUGAAAGCACUGCUGGCAGAGACUCCUUCACCUGUGGUCUUCUGUCACAACGAUGUACAAGAAGGGAACGUCCUGCUGUUGGACGGUCGAGAUCAGGAUUCCUCUGAUAAACUGAUGCUUAUCGACUUUGAGUACAGCAGCUAUAACUACAGGGGUUUUGACUUUGGGAAUCAUUUCUGUGAGUGGGUGUAUGACUACACACAUGACAAGUGGCCUUUUUUUAAGGCAAACCUGGACAACUACCCAACCAGAGAACAGCAGCUGCACUUCUUCAGAAACUACUUGUCCGAGGGUGCAGACACGGUAUGUGAAGACCAAAGUGUGAUGGAACAGAUGGUCAUUGAAGCAAACAGGUUUGCCCUUGCCUCUCAUUUCUUCUGGGGUCUGUGGUCCAUUAUACAAGCCAAGCUUUCCAAGAUUGAAUUUGGAUACAUGGACUACGCCCAGCACAGGUUUGAUUCGUACUUCAAGCAGAAAAAGCUCUUUGCCUAAUCAGCUGUUGGCGAAGGUUUCUAGAUGGAUCAGAGCUCAGAUGGGCACAUCUCUCAUUCAUUUUACACUUGACCUUAGGAAAUACUGAAUAAUACAGUACUGUGCAAAAGUCUUAGGUACAUGCAAAGAAAUACUGUAGAGCAAAGAUGCCUUCAAAAAUAAUGAAAUUAAACGUUUCUACACUUAAUACUAAUAAUAACUUUAUUUAUCUAGCACUUUUCUUUUCAAGCCAGGUAGCACCAAGCGAUUUACAUCAUGAUGCAGGCAUUACAGAAAAAAAAAUGUUCAAAUAAACCGAAAACAUAAAGAACUGCAAGAUAUAAAAUAUUAAGAAUAUAAAUAUACUAAAAUAAGAGAAUAAAUGCAUAUAAUUUUCCGGAAACAAUUUAAGAAAAAAGUGCAUCUGUAAGUGCUGAAUGAUUAAGUGUCUUUUUAAGCAAGACUUAAACAUGGGUACCGAGUCAGUUGAUGUAAUGCUUGGAGGUAAGCUGUUCCAAAGUCUAGGAGCCAUUGUAGACUUAAAUUAUAAAUAGCGGUAUGCAGUAAUAAAUGAAACACAGUCAAUAUUUGGUUGCUUAGAUAACAGUAGUCUUGGGUACAGUUUGUUGGUAAGAAAUGAGCUGUAGGUUUUACUGAGUAUCUUGCAGAACCAGCCACAGUUCUUCUGGACACUUUGACUGUUACACUCGCUUCUUAAUUUUGCAGCAAAUCCCAGCAGCCUUCAUCAUGUUAUAGUCUGAAAAGUGCACUUUUAUUUCUUUACUGCCAUACAAACAUUUUUCAUCUGUUAUCCAUAACCGCUUAUCCUGUACAGGGUCGCAGGCAAGCUGGAGCCUAUCCCAGCUGACUACGGGCGAAAGGCGGGGUACACCCUGGACAAGUCGCCAGGUCAUCACAGGGCUGACACAUAGACACAGACAACCAUUCACACUCUCAUUCACACCUACGGUCAAUUUAGAGUCACCAGUUAACCUAACCUGCAUGUCUUUGGACUGUGGGGGAAACCGGAGCACCCGGAGGAAACCCAUGCAUGUCAGCCACUGGGCUUGAACCCAGAACCUUCUUGCUGUGAGGCGACAGUGCUAACCAUUACACCACCGUGCUGCCCAAACAUUUUUCAGUAACAUUUAAUUUUGUGCUGGAAGACCUAAUGUUUGGAGAUCUGUAAUGUGGUUUUUUUUUUUUUUUUUUUUUUUUUUUUUUUUUUUACUUGCUGAAUAAUCUAGAUAUCAUAAAACAGAAAAGCUAUAACGGUUUAUACUUUAAAAUAAAAUAGGGUGCCUAUGACGUUUGCACAGUACUGUACCUUGAAUGGUUCCAAUCAUGAACAAGUGGUCACUUAUUUCUUUCUUCAUAAUAUUCUCAACAUUAUCAACUGUAAUUUUCUCUAAUGGUCUUGCUUGGAGCACAAAUCUCCCAUAAUACAGCACCAAUCACAGAUGUGGCACAUUUAUCCAAUCAAAUCCCAGUACUUGGUGUAUGUAGAUACUAUGUAUUGCAAUUUACUGUAUGUUUAUUUUCAUUUUUUGACAAUGAUGAACCUCCUGAAUCAUGAAUGUGUGAGAGAGAGAAAGGAAAGUUUUUCUGUGUAAAGCUGCACAGUUCAGUGUACACAAGGGUCCACACUUGUUCCUUAUUAUAUUUAUUUCCAUAUUUCACACAAUACUGUAAGCUUUGCCGAUCGUCAUCUCUCACUAUUGUCUUUCUGAGCAAUUAUUAAAAACCCGUAACUGUGUUUCUGCACUGAUGUGUAGUCUGAGGUGAUAUAAGGACCAUGCACACGUUUCAGUUAGCAUGUCGAGUAGAUAGUCUACGCACCCCUGUUAAAUUGCAGGUUUUUGGGAAAUAAAAAAAUGAAACGAAGAUAAAUCAUGUCGGAACUUCAGGUCAGAUCCAAUGAGUCGAGUUUAUUUUUUUAUAGCGCUUUUAACAUUGUUGCAAAGCAGCUUUAUUGAAUUUUAAUGACUUUUAAACAUAAGCUAAUUUUAUCCCUAAUCUAUCCUCAAUGAGAAGCCUGUGGCGAUGAUGGCAAGGAAAAACUCCCUCAGAUGACAUGAGGAAGAAACCUCGAGAGAAACCAGACUCAAAAGGGAACCUAUCCUCAUUUGCUUGAUAAUGUGAUUUAACAGUUUUAACAUUGAAGUCUGAGGUUAUAACUCUUCAUUGAUGGAAACUUAAGUGCAAAACUGUUCAUGAGAACUGCAGUCCUAAAGUCAACUGUAGUCCUCAGCCAUAAAAGCAUUACUGUAAGUGUCCAGAGCGUCUUCCAAGUGCGACUUUCAACUGUCCAUAUGGGGCUGUCCUCCACAGGAGCGAUGCGAUGAGACUCUAACCAGACGUAGGGCAUCAGGAUGGAUCAGGCAGGUCCGAGGAGCAGAAGAGGUCAGCACCUCUGUUUCAGGAUUGAUGUAACUCAGAAGGACCGACAGAGUGGGAGGGGAGUAAAAGAGAGAGAGAGAGAGAGAGAAAACGCAGGUUGUUGGGUAUGCCCAAUGAGGAGUAGCAUCAUCUCGAGUGUGGCUAUGUGGUAAUUAUGCUCUGCCAGGCUCGCUGCAUCAGUAGAGGUUUUGGAAAUCUGAUGUUUCUCAGCAGACUUUGAUAAGGCAGCUGGGCCAUAGAAGGUUCACGCUGCAUGCUGCACGCUACACGCGUGUAAAGAAAAGUGGACAAACGUAGCAUGACUUGCUCUGGGCCAUAGAACGGCGUUCACGUUGCACGCUGCACACUUCACGCGUGAAGCGAGAAAUGAACAUGCACACUUUUUUCUAGGCGUGAAGAUGGAAAUUCCAGUCAAUGCAUGCGGUCACCGCCGCGCCAGCCAAUCAGAACGGGUCUAGGGAGAUAACUCUAUGCUUUCAGGGGAAAACUUCAGAAAAAAUAUAAUUGAAUGGUAUAAUUGAAAAAUAGUUCUUCAUCGGGAUUGUCAAGCAGAUUAUAGAAUGUUCGGUGAAAUUCACCACGGGUUUCUCUCAGAAGGAAGUGUUCUCGGCUCCAAAUUCUGUUCCUUUUUCUCUUCCUCUGUCUCAGUAAAAGCAGAAUGAGGCAAUCGUCGUCAUCCGAAGAGUCCAUAUUGUUGGUUACUCGGUCAAAGUAGAACAGACGCAACACGUGAACAUCCAAGCAUGAAGUUUAAUGGCCCAGGGUCCGGUUCUUCACGUGAACGUGCAGCGUGAACCUUCUAUGGCCCAGCUGCCUAACAGUGGUUUCUUCUUGAGGACGAAGAGAACUAGGGUUGACCUUUCCUUAUGGCGAGCGGCUCUGUGGUCCUUCUUGCUUUUAGCAUAGGGCUGCAGAACGCCAAGUCAGGAAAGGUGUAGGUUCUGUCUGCGUCUGAUUGCAAAAUACCAUAAUUCAGGUGGCACGAACAUGAGGGUAGGCCUUCUGUCCUUCAAGGGUCCGCAGCAUGCCUGUUGAAGGUUGAACAGACAGUAAAGGAGUCAAAGGCAUUUGCAUAACCCAUCUUAAGUGCUGGGGUAUUCAGGAUGGCACCCAGCUCUGACUGCAAGAGGUAUCAGAGUUGGCUACAUUUGUCUGAAGUGCAGUAGUAUUUGGGUGUGGGUGGUGCAUGUAGGCCUUUGCUAACUAAAGAGCACUGGGCAGCUUCAAGUAGCUGGGCAACACCUGGCAUUUGUAUUGCUCACUGAGCUUACUAUGGCUGUGUAGCAAAUUGUCCAAUGCUGUUUUUAGAAGCGCAAAGUCGCUCCACUCUAACACUGACAGCAUGGGCCGAGGGAUGCCGUAUGCAGAGGCAGUUAACCAGGAUGGGUGCUGGGAAUGCCUGAAUGUUAUGAGGAAUGGCAUUUUGCAGAUGAGUGAGUGACUGAAGGCUGUGGCAUUUAAUAAAUAUUGGGUGGAGCUGCCAAGCGGUACAACAUGAGGCACAAUUAAGAAGUUGUUGUAUAUUAUAGGAUGGUAUUGUUCUAGUCAUGGGGUGCUGCGCUGCUGGACUACUGUGGGGCAGUGAUGUGGUUGGGACUGCAGGAAGCACAACUGAACAUGGCACUGUACUGUCGGAGCUGGCACUGUAGCAGGGUAUUGCAGCGACUGUGGUGCUUGGUUAGCCGUGCAGGAGACAGCAUAAUUAUGAUUGACGUUGUAGCAGUCACUUGAGGACUACUGACACACAUCAUAGCUGGGGCUACAGGAACUGGUACUGGUGAUGACACUCUGGGCUGUGUGAUGGUGGUGAUACAGGAAAUGCUGUGGUAGAUUGCAUUGAUGGAGGUAGUGCUGGAACUGGGCCCCCUACUGGCACUAUUGAUUGAUUCUUUCUUUCUUUUCAUGAACCUGCAUUAAAACAGUGGUAGCAGGUCUCAUUGUACUUGAAUGGGGCAAACAAACACUUUAGUUCCACCCUUAGUCUUUCUGACAUGUGCACACCCUUGUAUAAUUGGGCAUGUGGUUGUGUUCAUAAUAAACCCAUCGUGUUCAGUGUCCUGUUCAAAAGUAAUUAUCAUAUAACAGUCAUGAAUGAAAUUAUUCUCAUUAACCCCAAAUAAAGAUCAGCUGUUUAUGUGGGAUUUUCUUGACCUUUUCUUGAUUUAAGGGAAAAUGCCAGUGAAUUUUAGUGCACGACAUUCAGACAUCUGCUAGUAAGAUGAAAAGGAAUUUUACCUUUUCAGCACAACAAUGACCCAAAGCAUAUAUCCAGAUCAAUAUGGCUAAACCAAAAGAAGACCGAUGUGUUUUAAUGGCCGAGCCAGAGCCCAGCCCUGAAUCCGAAUAAAUAUCUGUGGGGUGGCCUGAAGUGAGCUAUGCACAGGAGAAGCCUUCAGUUUCUUGGCUCCAGAAUGUUUUUUUAGAAGAAAGGUUGGGAAAAUAGUCCUAAGUCAAGAUGGACUCUCUCACAAAGACUGCUAACAGACGAAACCCCCCCGUCUUACAAAAAGAAAAAUCAAUCUCAUUAUCUCUAGCCACUUUAUCCUGUCCUACAGGGUCGCAGGCAAGCUGGAGUCCCAGCUGACUGUGGGUGAAAGGCGGGGUACACCCUGGACAAGUCACCAGGUCAUCACAGGGCUGACACACAGACACAGACAACCAUUCACACUCACAUUCACACCUACGGUCAAUUUAGAGUCACCAGUUAACCUAACCUGCAUGUCUUUGGACUGUGGGGGAAACCGGAGCACCCGGAGGAAACCCACGCGGACACGGGGAGAACAUGCAAACUCCGCACAGAAAGGCCCUCGCCGGCCCCGGGGCUCGAACCCGGACCUUCUUGCUGUGAGGCGACAGCGCUAACCACUACACCACCGUGCCGCCCAGUUCUGAGCUCCAAUGGGCUAAUAUAUUAUCGUCUGUUUUGGUUUAGGUAAUACAUCAACAGUAAGCAUGUUACAGAUUCAGUCGAAGGUGAACAAAGUGGAUCAUUUACUCGAUCGUUAUUUUUCCAUUGAAAUGUUUGGAGGAGAAACUGAAGGUUGAUGGAUUGAGCAUGUUUUCAAGAAUAAGAAAAUAAGUGCUUUUCUUUAUUGCUUUUGCUGAUUGAUUUUUUUUUCCCCUUUGCUUGAGGGGCCAAGCUGUCAAUCAGCUGGCUUUGGGUGGGCCUUCCUGCCCAGGAUGAGUAGUCCAUUUCCUGCACACAUGAAUCCUGCUUUUGUGCAGUGUGAAUGUGGUAGCAGUUUGAAUUGGGGAGGGAAGGAGAGGAUUUGCUUCCUCUGUGUACACUCAACAUUAUCUGGUCUUAUUUUCCCUAAAAAUGUUUCUGGGUUGUUGUGGGUUUUUUACUUUUUAUAGUUUGCAAUUUUUAACUUUAAAGGUGGAAAAAGUUCUGACAUGAUUUGUCCGAGUUUCGAUAUAUAUUUUUUUUCCUUUUACCUCACAAAAACCUGACAUUUAUCUACAUGUAGUCGUCAAUUUUGUUUGAGCGAAUAGAUAAAACAAAAGAAUUAAAUGAAGCACUUGGCUUUUUACUUUGUGACAAACCGUUAACACUUUUUUUUUUUUUUUUUUUAAAUCAGGAAUUUGCAGGAGCAGAUGGGGGAAUUUUACUCUCAUACGGGCAUUAGUGGGUGGUUUAGAUAUGAAACUUGUAGGACAAAGAUUGGCUGUUCAUUAGCAUCGAAGCUUGUAUGCUGUUAGUUGUUCACGUUUGUUUAUUUAAGGGUUGUUUUACAAUCAGGGUACACAAGCUAAAAAUCACAUUUAACACUUAUUAUCUUCAAUAUCAGAAGACUUGACUAAAUAAACUUGGUUGUUUAUUGUAGCCCUGUGAUAGCUCUAUUUACCAUGCAAAAAAAAAAAAUUGUGAUAACGUUAUUUUUGGUGAAUGUAUGGUAAUAUGUCAUAUUUAGCAAAAUUACUCGUGUCAUUUAGAAAAAGUGCUUUUUUGACCACAGGUAGCUCCAAAAGGGAUGCACUUAAAUCAUUCUUUAUACCAUAAAACAAAUAUUUGGUUCCAUAUCAUUGGAAACAUAGUUAAGUUUUAAUGUUGAAUGCCAGUAAGUUUUCAGACUAUUUUAAUCAAAUUAGUAUGUAAUUGUGUCAAAAAAAAGUCCUCUCCGAGACAGCUAAUUUUUCAAUAUAAAAUAACAUAUCUAAAAUGAUUAUUUUCAUCCUAAAAUGUGGUCAAGGUAUUGGGACAUAAAUAUUAGAGACAACUAACACACAGCUUACAGCCUUAUAUUUAAAAGCACUAUGGAAGUAGUGGAUUCUGAAUUUAUCAACAAAAAAAAAAAGUCCUCUCCGAGAAUCACUUCAUUUGUUUCUCCCAUCUUAUAGCAGAUUACACAAAACUACCAUACACAUGUCAAAAAAUUACCUGAAAUCUGUUCUUUAACUUGUCCUUCACUUAAAAACUGGUACAAGAACCAGUUUGAAUCAAUUUGAAUUUUGGACCCCUGUGACACAAACUUUUGUACCCUGAUUGUAAAACAACCCUUAUUCAUCUUCAGUAACUGCUUUAUCCUGGUCAGGGUAACUGGUUUAAAACAUUUCUAUAGCAAACCCCUGAAAGCUUUAAAGUUUCAGUUGUAAUGAACACUUAUGGUUAUUCCAACCGUUUUUAACUGCUCUUAGUUGUGAUACUGAGGGAGCUUGUAAGGGGCCUGCACGCAGAUCGACACCUGCAGGUUAGUACGUCACAUCCGGCGGCUUGUGUGUUUAUACCACAGUUGUGUGAGCGUUAACCUGAAAGACUGAAUGUGUCAUACUGUAGUCAAGUAUUUAUAGAAAUUUCUGGAAUUCUAUGUAUGAAUGUUUAAUCAUCUUCAUUCAGUACCAGUCAAAAGUUAAGACACCUUCUAAUUCGAUGGUUAUUUUUAUGAAUUAAACACUUUACAGCAUAAAGUAAUGAUGGAUGUCGUUUCUCUUUACUUAGUUGUUCGGUCCUUGGCAUAAUAUGGAUUACUACAGUUGUCGUGUGGAAUAGGGCUAUUUACUGUUUGAUCUCAAACCCAUUAAGAAGGAAAGAAAUUGCACGAAUUAACAUUUGACGAGGCACCUGUUAAUUGAAAAGCAUUCCAGGUGACGACCUCAUGAAACUGGUUAAGAUAAUGUUGGUGUGUAAAGUGUCAUAAAGGUAAACACUGGAUACUUUUGAAGAAUCUAAAAUAUGAAACGCAUUUUGUUUAACACUUGCCACAUAAUUCUGGACGUGUUCCAUCUGUUAGUUCGUAGUUUUGACGUCUUCCGGAUUGUUCUACAAUGUAGAAAAUAGUCACAAUAUAGAAAAACCUAUGAAUGAGCAGAGUAGGGGUGUACAAACUUUUGCCAGGUACUGUGUAUCUUUUGUGUCUUUCUUUAAUCUGACUAAAUGGCCAGGCUGCUAGCGCUGUAUUUGUACUGGGAUCAGGUCAUACCAAGAUUUUUAUUUGUAGUGGUUUUUUUUAAAUUUCAACAUUUUUGUGUGCAGUGUGUGUUUUGUUUAUUGACCUCUAUCAGUUAUCCAAAGCAGAUCAGUACUGAAUCCAAACCAAGUACAGGGUGUUUCAAAAAAAAAUAUGAUAUUUGAGAUGUAAAUAUCCCAGAAACUAUAGAGGCAAAUUAAACUGAACAGGCUUGAUGUUGAGCAAAAUAGUAUUUAUUCCUCAAAAUUUGAACGAGAAAUUCAAAGGCAUGUGGAUUCCAUGCGUAAUUUCACAAAUUUUCAAAAUUCGCGAACCCUCUCGAACGUGUCUUCCGAUGCUUGCGGUCGUCCAGAUCCUUUUGCCCUGCGCACACAGACAGCCUUCCUCUUUUGAACAUUUUGUGCCGUGUCCAAAUCUGCAUUGCAGUUGGUGCGUUUUUAGAGAAUUCUCUCAUAAAUGCACCCUGCACAGUCUUGUUCGACUCUAAUGCCGCUUUUCCACUACCAACGCGGCUGAGUCGGGCUGAGCCGUGCCGUGCUGAGUCGAGCUGAGCGGGGCUGUUGGAGUUGCAUUUCGACUACAACCGCGCUGAACCGUGCUGGCUGGAAGUGGGUGGACACAUUGGGCGGAGUUAGCGAAAGUGGGUGGACAUCACGUGAUGUCGUUAGGCGGCGCAAACAGUGACAUCAGUGACCUUUUAAGCGGUAGUCUCACGACCAGGAUAGUAAACAAUAAACAUGGAGUCGUUAGUGUUGCUGGUCUUGGUGCUGUGGCUUGUUGUCACCGACAACGCCAGCAGAUACUGGCAAGAGCGUAUAGAUGAGGCGAGGCGCAUAAGGCUUCAGAAAUUCUCGUAAUUCUUCCGGGUUUACGGUGUUUACCGAUCCCAGCGUGCUCGCGGGGCGUGUGUGGGCAUGUGAGGACACUCCUCCUCACCAAUCGGUGCACAGGGGAGUGUCUGCUCACGCCCCUAGCCCCACUCGGCUCGGUUUGGCUCACUUCAGCCCCACUCCAAAACCGUGCGAGUUUUGGGUGCUAAGCAGGGCUGAAGCGAGCUGAGUCAUGCUGUUCUAAGGUAGUCGAAACGCGAGCCGUGUCGGGCUGAAGUGAGCUGAAAAAGGGUAGUGGAAAAGGGCCAUUACACACAAAACGCCUUUUCUUUUCCAGUCAAUGGCAUUUCUAUACCUAAAAAGAGGAUUAAAAAAAAAACAAAGAUAAAAUUUUGACCUGUUUCCACACAUGCUGUUAAAAUUUGAGGUCAGUUGAACAAUAAUUGGUAAAGUUAUUAGAUUGUAAAAGAUCACAUUUUUUUUAAACACCCUGUAUGAAAUAUGAUAGCCGUUUUAUAGUCCUUCCCACGCCACGUGGCACAUAGGGUGGUGCCGAUCUCAGUUUCCGUAGCCCUUGGCCUCUCACCUAUUACAUAGCUAGGGUUACAGUGUGUGUGUGGGGGGGGCUAGUCCUCUGGUAACCACGAGAGUUUGACUCCCCACUCGCAUCUGUAUUGCAGCGUGCCUUGGCAGUAGGUACCAUUUUUAUGAUGGUCUUUGGUAUGACCCGACCGUGAGUAGAACUUGCGAUCGAGAGGUGGAUAUGCUAACCACUAGGCCACUAGACUUUAUAAUCUAGAUUCAAAUAUAUACAAGAUAAAAUCCAGGCCACAAGGAUCACUAAUGUUCUGAAUUUUCAUUAUCGGUAUUUCCAUCCUUUUUAGUAUACCACGUUUAGUUAUUUCCAAUGGAAGUUGAGCCAGAGUGGUGAAUAUGUACUACUUUUAAAUAAAUAGAGGUAAUAGUCUGGACUCUACUCAUACUUGUGGUUUGUUUGGUUUUUUGUUUUAAGUGCAUCCCUUUCCUUACUUUCCAUCACUUUACAUCUGCAAUGAUCCGUCUCAUUUAUUAUUGUCUUAAAGGACCACAACCGUACUGAGCUCCACAUUUUCCUCCUCCACGCUGAAGCGUUGUGUUGACCAACACAAUGUGUACUUUGUACAGUAAGUGAACUUGGCCAAGAAAGUGAAUUUUGAUUCUGAGCUGGGUCCAGUUUUCAUUUAUCAUGUAUUUGUGUUCAUUAAAACUACUUCUUUUGGUCUGUC